AUGCAUGCGGUGUGGUACCAUGCCAUGAGCAUGUACUUCAGAGUGAUUUACGCGCUGAACACGCGCCAGGACGAGGCGGAGGCCAGCAUGGAGGCGCUGCGGGACGCGCACCAGGAGGAGCUCCAGAACGCGGUGGCGGAGACCCAGGCCAGGCUCCUGCAGGAGCGGGGCGGCGCGGAGGAGGAGGCCCUUCUCCAGCGCGUCCAGGCCCUGGAGAGCGCCCUGGAGCUGCAGAAGAGGCUGACGCAGGAGGCGCUGGCCGAGUCGGCCUCGUGCAGGCUGGAGACCAAGGAGCGGGAGCUGCGGGUGGAGGCAGAGCACGCCGAGCGCGUCCUGACGCUCUCCAGGGAGAUGCUGGAGCUCAAGGCCGACUACGAGAGGAGGCUCCAGCACCUGACGAGCCACGAGGCCCCCCAGCGGGGCCGGCUUCCCCAGGAGAGCCCCGACGCCCAGGCGGAGCCCGGCCAGGGCCCCGAGAUGCAGGAGGUCCUGCUGGAGGUGCAGCGGCUGCGAGCGGAGAACCAGCAGCUGAGCAGGGACUACGCCCGCAAGGCCGAGGAGCUGCAGGCCACCUACGAGCGGGAGAACGAGGCCAUCCGGCAGGCCAUGCAGCAGUCGGUGAGCGAGGCCCUGUGGCAGUGGCAGGAGAAGGAGUCUGACCUCCGCAAGAACUUCCAGGUCCAGGAGUCGGCUCUGCAGGCCCAGGUCAGGAAGCUGGAAGGGGACCUGGAGCACAGAGGCCGCAAGAUAAGUGACCUGAAGAAGUACGCCCAGAAGCUAAAGGAAAGGAUUCAGGACCUGGAUGUGCAGCUCAGGGAGGCCCGACAGGAGAAUUCAGAGUUGAAAAGCACUGCAAAAAAACUUGGGGAGAAGCUGGCUGUUGCCAAAGACAGACUGAUGCUGCAGGAGUGUCAUGAGACACAGAAAACUGAUGACAUGAAGACUGAGUUGGUUUCAGAAAAUGAAGUCCUGGGGAAAGCGAAUGACGUGGAAGCCCAUAGUCUUCAUCCUGAGCAGAAUCAAAGCUUUCCCAGGGAGUGUCCUUGCACGAAAGGAGCCACAGAUACACAGACCAAGAAAGAGGCAACUUUUGAGACAGAAUAUAUCAAUAUGAAGCAACAAUAUGAAGAAGACCUUCGUAAAAUCAAACAUCAGACAGAAGAGGAAAAGAAACAUCUCAGAGACCAGCUAGUGAAGCGACUGGAGGACUUCGUAAAGAAGCACACUGUGGAAGUCAAAUCAGUGCGCUCGUCCGUGGAGGCUGAAAGAAAGAAGUUGCAGAAGGAAGUGGAAGCACAGUUGGAGGAAGUGAAGAAGAAAUCAGAAAAGGAAAUAAAGCAGCUGGAAGAAGAGAAAGUGGCCCUAAAUGUGAAGCUCCAGAAUUCUCUGCUUGAGGUUUUAAGGCUGGAAGAAUUUAUCCAACAAAAUAAAGUACGCCCCCAAAGAGCUGAAGAGAGGCCCCAGGAAUUAGACUGCCAGCGCGGCAGCAUUCUGGAGACCCAGGAUCCAUGCUCGAAGGUGAAUGAAACUUCUCAGACACCACCCAGAGGAGAAGAGUGUCAAGAUAAGUUAACAGCUGAAGAAGGAGCCAGCAGUGAUGAAGAGGAAAGGACCGAAGGGCCCCUCAAGGAGGAAAGUGACCCACAACCUCCACUGGACUCUUUGCAGAAGGAGAAGGUACCCGAAAUCCAACGUCUACAGGAGGACUGGCAAAGCCAGAAGGCCACACUGCAAGCCCAGGUGUGGCAGAUGCAGCAGGCUCUGGAGCAGUGCGCCAGCAACUACCGGGAGGACCUGCAGGCGCUCAAGCAGCUCGCAGACGAGGAGAGGGAGAAGCUGCAGCGCGAGCUCCAGGAGAGCGCUCAGCAGGGCCAGGCCGCCAGAGCCCAGCUCGAGGCUUCCCACCAGCGAGCCCUGCGCCUGCUGGAGAAGGCCAAAGCUCAGGAGCUCAAGGCCACAGAGGAGCGCUUGAAGAAGGAAUCCAGCCACAGCCUCCAGAUCCAACACCAGGCGCACCGGCUGGAGCUCCAGGCCUUGGAGGAAAAGGCCAGGCAAGAGCUGCAGGAGGAGCGUGAGAGGAUGCAGGCUCAGCAGACCCUGCUGCUAGAGUCCCUCAGGCAGGAGCUGUCGGAGCAGCAAGCCGCCCGCUCGGAGCACCAGAAGGGCUUGGAGCCAAUGCAGGCUGAGCUGAGGGCCCUUGGCAGCUUGAGCAGACAGCAGGCCACUGGCCAGGGUCCAGGGGACAACAAGGACCAUGCCAUUGCCACACAGGAGCGCGGCGGCCCGGGCCAGGCCGAGGAGGGGCCCAGCGAGGCCGGCGGGCUGCGGGAGGAGAACGCGGGGCUCCGGGACGCCGUGCGGCGGCUGCGCGCCGAGGCCGAGCAGCACCGGCAGGAGGCGCUGCAGCUCCGCGACCAGCGCAGGUUGCUGGAGGAGAGUCAGCAAGCCCAGCGGGCCAGGGAAGUGGAGACACUGCGCCAGGAACACCGGAAGGAGAUGCAGGCCAUGGUGGCAGAUUUUAGCAGUGCCCAGGCCCAGCUCCAGGCCCGGCUGGCUGCCCUGGAAGCCGAACUGAAAGAUUCCGGAGAGAAGCCAGGGAAGGGAGCGUCCAGGCCCGAGGACCUUCAGCUCAUAGGCCGCCUGCAGACCCUCUUGAAGGAGAGAGAGGAGAUCAUCAAGCGGCUCACGGAAGAGAGAAGAUUUCACUAUGCAGCAUUCCCCAGCGCAAUGUCCCAUCGGAAUCGGUCUUUUUCAUUCCAUCCUCACCCAGGGUAUUUGACCCCUUCCAUGAAGAAAAAGAAGAUGGAGGAAGUGCCCAGCCGAGUGGUCAGCGUGCCAAACCUCGCCUCCUAUGCAAAGAACUUUCUGAGUGGGGAUCUGAGCUCUAGGAUCAACGCUCCUCCAAUAACCAAGUCACCCAGCUUGGACCCAAGCCCCAGCAGUGGCCGGCCUUACAAACCCACUCAGUCUCUAGAUGCAAAAACUGCCACAAGGACACCAGAAGGUGAAACGGCCCAACCCAAAGAAGCCCAGCAGAAACAGGGCUCUCCACACCAGGAAUGGUUUACUAAGUACUUUUCUUUCUAAGCUGAUGUUCGGGGUACUUCACGAAGAGGAUCCUUGAAAAACAUUUCUUUUAAAUCAUCUGAUUGAAGUAAUGAACUAAAGCCAACCAACCAAAUAACUUGCUUGUAACAUGAUUUAUAUAUGAUAGCUAAAACAAAUUUUGACAUUAACAUUUCAUACUGUUUGUGACAAAAGUUCAUUAAAAAAACUUGACAGUAAACAAACCAAUGUAAUUAAAAAGCACCCACAGGAAAAUGUUAUUAAUAUUAUUAAUGACCUACAUACAUACUGUAUUUCUAGUGUCCACAUCAUCAUACUCCACUUUGUGGAAUAUCAGACUUUGUAAUUUCCAUGGUCUGCUUUGAAGGUGGUUUUAUUUGUCCUUAGGAUGCUGGUUACCUCCACUUGAAGAGCUAUUUCUAUGUAAAAUGAUAUAAUUCCAAACACACAUCUAACCUCAAUAGAUAGAAGAAUAAAACAAAGUUCAAAAUAAACAGGAAAGCCAAUUAAAAAGCAAACAAACCGAACCUACUAGGCAUGGAUGGUAGCAUGCUUGGAUUGAAUAUUCUGACUUCCUUGGUCUAGGACAAACAGCAGGUUGUAGCGAGGACAACACCUACCUCUAAAGGGCCUUUGCAAGGAUAAAGCAGGAUAAAAUGGAUAAAGACACCACUCGUGAAUCAGAAUUAAGCACAAGGUUUUUCUGUGAAUAGUCAAUCCUUGCCCGGUCGUACAUCUGUUUCAAUGAUUGUAGUGUUUGCCUGGUCAUUUGUGAAGGUUUCUAGAUUGUUCUGCGCUUUGAAAUCAAAGACCUCCUGAACCUCUGGUCUUUGGGUUUGGCCAUUUGCCUCAUGGUGCGUUGCUUCCUCAUUGCAUGGACUCCCCGUGGAUUAAAGGAACUGGAAUUGCCGCUCAUGGUGCUGACCGAGCUCUCAGUCCACAUUGAACUCUCUUACCCUCUGCCAGAGCAAUGCGAUUUGACAAGACUCAAUGCAACUUUUAGGGCCAAAAUACUUUCUCAAUCCUUUGGUGCUGGCCCAACAGGUGGCCCACAAACAGAGGUUAAUUCUAUGCACUGUCAAACCUUUGCUCUUUGAAUAAAACUUUAAACAACUGGGCAA